GUUUAACAGGAACAUAAAAUAUUUUAACAAAAUAACAACACUCUUUAGGGACUAUUUAACUCGUAACUGGUAUGAUUAUUUUGUCAAGGAUUUAGACAAUGUAGCGGGGCCUACAAGACCCCGUACAUGUGUUUAGAGAUCUAUAUACAAUGAAAAUAAAAAAAAAAUAAAAAGAAAAGGAUAGUACUAGUUGGUUAUGUUUAUUACUUUAUUUAAACGUUAGUCAAGUUAGAUUUUAAAAAGAAAAUAAAACCUGCUUGAAGUCUGAUAGGUCCCACCCUAUCAAUUAUGAGUUGAUCGGAAACGAAUCUAACAUGGCUGCAAUAGAUUUUAAUACACUCAACGAUGAAAAUGUAACCAAAUUUUUUCAUUCUUUUGACACCGUACUUACUGAUUGUGAUGGUGUACUUUGGAUGUACAUGAAUCCUUUACCAAAUGCAGCGGAAGUGAUGAAUGCUUUUCGUUCUCUUGGUAAAAGAGUCUUUUAUGUAACUAAUAAUAGUACAAAGACUAGAGAAGAAUUUGUAAACAAAUGUAAAAUUUUAAAUUUCAAAGUAUCGAAAGAAGAGAUUUUGUGUACUGCAAAUCUGUCUGCAUGUUAUUUGCAAGAUCUAGGUUUUAAUAAGAAAGUAUAUAUCAUAGGAUCUGAAGCAAUUGGAAAAGAAUUGGAAGAAGUUGGUAUUUCACACAUUGGUGUAGGACCAGAUCCUGUUAAUAAAAAUGGUCCAUAUACUACAUUUAUCAAGGAUCCUGAUGUAGGAGCAGUUAUAGUUGGUUUUGAUGAGCACUUUAAUUAUCCUAAGAUGGUAAAAGCAGCCUCAUAUUUAAGCGAUCCUGAUGUACAUUUCAUUGCUACAAAUACAGACGAAAGAUUUCCUGUUGCUAAUAAUGUUGUUAUACCUGGUACUGGAAGUUUGGUGCGAUGUAUAGAAAGUUGUGCAGAAAGGAAAGCUGUUGUAAUGGGAAAACCAGAGCCCUAUCUAGCAGAUGUACUUAUGAAACGGUUUCAAGUAGAUCCUAAACGUACAUUGAUGAUUGGAGAUAGACAUAAUACAGAUAUAUUAUUAGGACGUCGUUGUGGCUUUAAGACAUUGCUGGUUUUAACAGGAAUAACUAGUUUGGAAGAUGUGAAUAGGUGGAAACGAUCAGAGUGUUCAGAAGAAAAAGAUUUCAUUCCUGAUUACUAUAUUGAAUCAAUUGGGGAUCUGCUACCUCAUUUAGAAAAAUUUAAGAAUAAAUCUGCAAUGUAAUAUUAAAUAUAGAUAACAUUGUUUUCUAUAAAACUGCACACUAGUUUGAUAGUGUGAUUAAAAUAUUAUUACUUAAAA